AUGGGGGGUGGAUAUGAGUCUUCAAAUAUAAGCCAUCUGAAAUAUUGUGAACCUGACCUGAGGGUCACAUCAGUUAUAACAGAUUUUAACAAUUUGCCAGACAGAUUUAAAGACUUUCUCUUAUAUUUGAGAUGUUGAAAUUAUUCAUUGAUUAUAGAUCAGCCAAAUAAAUGUGUAAAGAAACCCUUCUUAUGGCUAGCUAUUAAGUCCCUCACUCCACAUUUCACUGGAAGACAAGCAAUUCGGGAAUCCUGGGGCAGAGAAACCCAUGUGGGGAACAAGACAGUGGUGCAUGUCUUCUUGCUGGGCCAGACCCCCCCAGAGGACAACCAUCCAGACCUUUCAGAUAUGCUGAAAUUUGAGAGUGAGAAGCACCAAGACAUUCUUAUGUGGAACUACAGAGACACUUUCUUCAACUUGCUUCUGAAGGAAGUGCUGUUUCUCAGGUGGGUGAGUACUUCCUGCCCAGACACUGAGUUCAUUUUCACGGGCGAUGACAAUGUUUUUGUGAACACCCAUUACAUCCUGAAUUACUUGAAUAGCUUGUCCAAGAGCAAAGUUGAAGAUUUGUUUAUAGGUGAUGUGAUCCACAAUGCUGGGCCCCAUCAAGAUUAUAAACUGAAGUACUACAUCCUGGAAGUUGUUUACUCUGGGGUUUACCCACCUUAUGCAGGGGGAGGUGGAUUCCUCUACUCUGGCCACUUGGCCCUGAGGCUGUACAACAUCACUGACCGGGUUCAUCUCUAUCCCAUUGAUGAUGUUUAUACUGGAAUGUGCCUUCAGAAACUCGCCCUCAUUCCAGAGAAACACAAAGGCUUCAGGACAUUUGAUUUUGAGGAGAAAAACAGGAAUAAUAUUUGUUCCUAUGUAGAUUUGAUUUUAAUACAUAAUAGAAAACCUCAGGAGAUGACUGAUAUUUGGUCAAGGUUGCAAAGUGCUCAUUUAAAAUGCUAA